GGAGGAGGGGGGCGGUGGCGCACGAUGGGAUGGGGUCAGGCGGUGCGGAGCGCGCUGCGGGGCGCGGCGGCGGCGGUAGCGGGACCGGUGCGGGGCAUGUGCGCCCAGGCACAGGAGUGGCGCUCGGCCAAGGCCAUCUACGACUUCCACGCCUUGGACAUCGAUGGCAACGACGUCUCCCUGGAGCAGUACCGGGGAUACGUGUGCAUCAUCACCAACGUAGCUUCGAAAUGAGGAAAGACCCCGGUAAACUACACUCAGCUUGUUGACCUGCACGCCCGAUACGCUGAGAGGGGUUUACGCAUCCUCGGCUUUCCCUGCAACCAGUUUGGGAAGCAGGAACCCGGGGACAACGCUCAGAUCAAGGCAUUUGCUGCGAGCUACGGGGUGAAGUUUGACAUGUUCAGUAAGAUCGACGUGAAUGGGGACGAUGCUCACCCGCUCUGGAAGUGGAUGAAGGACCAGCCCAAAGGACGAGGCACCCUGGGCAAUGCAAUAAAGUGGAACUUCACUAAGUUCCUCAUUAACCGGGAGGGCCAAGUGGUGAAGAGGUACAGCCCCAUGGAGGAUCCCCAAGUGAUCGAGAAGGACCUCCCUGCCUACCUCUAGGUCUGCUCCUGUCCCUGCCCAGCGCCUGCCUCCCGCUGCCCAUGGAUUCUCCUCCUCCAGCCCCGAUGAUGGCCUGUCUUCAAGCCAGCUCGCUGGUGAGGCAGACCUGAACCCAGGCGUGCAGAUGCUGGAUGGAGGCUUCCCGGGGCCGGUGGCCGCUGCUGGGCAUAGAGCAGCACCCCAGAGUCCCCUUGCAAUAAUAAAUAGAGGUGUUAGAACUGA